GCUCAUUUCAGCAGAUUAAUUACGACAGUCCUCUGAGCCAAAUCAGAAGUAGAUGUACACAGACAACAUGUUAUCGGUCUGACCGCUGAGGGGAACUCUGACAGGCUGGAUGUAAGAAGUGGCAGCAGUGGAGGAGCUGAAGACAUGGCUGGGUGUAACUCUACACCGUGGCGUGGCUGGCCUACUUUGAUCCUGUUGUGGGUCUGGAUGUGGGAAGCCGGCUGUGACAUACAAUAUCAAGCAGAGGAGGUGGAGAUUUUCAAUUCUGACAAACAGACCAAAUUGGAAUGGGAUUCUGACCCCCCCAAACAAGUAAGUUGGUGGAGUGAAAUUUCGUUAACAUUGGGCAACCCGAGGCCAGUACCUGUGCUCCAAGCUUGUAGAAUAAGGACGACCAGAACUAUUUUAAGCCAGUGGAUGGAGAGGAAAGAUGCCCACAAUCUACUGAUGGAUAUUUCAUUUGCCCAAGAAGAAGAGCUAUCUGGUCAGUCUAGCUCGCUACAAGUUCACCUAUUUGACUCUGACACGCCAACCCUGAGAUUUAGAAAUGGUUGGAAAGUCCUGGACCUUCAGGACUCCGAGCCAUUCCCUGUCACAGUCCAAAUACCAAGCCACCUGAAGCGCAGCCUGGCUCUGAGUCUGGGCUCGGUCAGCCGUGGAGGCUUCCAGCUGGCCUUCUCCUACUCAGGAACAUGUGUGCUGAUAACAUCCAUCAGACUGUACUACAGGAGGUGCCCUGACACCGUCGCUAACCUGGCCCUGUUUAAGGGGACGGGGGCCAUGUCGGGUCCCUUGACGGGUUCCUGUGUGAAGGGAGCUGUUGAGGUUUUUCCCCCUGUUGGAGAGUGUAAUGUGGACGGAGUAUGGGGUCCACUGCAGGGGCGAUGCACCUGUGAACCCGGCCACCAAGUCAUGAAUGACACCUGUCAAGGAUGUAGGAUGGGCUACUACAAACCAGCCAAUGAGAGUGGAGGAUGCCGACCGUGCCCACCGAACAGCAGGACACAUGUGGAGGGAUCAGAGAGGUGCGAUUGUCUACAGGGUUUCAGCCGCCUGCCAGCGGACCCCGAUGACCUGGGCUGCACCAAGCCGCCCUCUGCCCCUGUUAAUCUAACAGCCCAUCAUCAUAAUGACUCUGUGCUGAUAAUGACGUGGGAUCCUCCCCAUGACCGAGGAGGCAGACAGGAAGUAAAGUAUUACAUCAAGUGUGAGAAAGAAGCAGAAGCUGGCAGUCGGUGGGAGGCAUGUGGGGACGACGUGGUUUUCCUGCCAGCCUCAGGAGGGCUGACCAACACAUCAGUCAGCAUCACAGAUCUGAAUCCACAGCGCGACUACAGACUCUCAGUGCAAGCCUGGAAUGAUAUAUCCACCCUGCGUGGGGCGCCACUUUCUUCCACUGCCACUGUUACUAUGCAUAGAUGGAAAGUUCCACCUGUGAUGAUCACUGUGACCACGGACUCAAACAUCUCCGUGCCUGUAAUAGUGCCAGCUCCUCGGCAGCAGAGUCGCUUCGCCAUAUGGCUGACAGUUGGUGUUUUAUUUGGCAUCUUACUGCUCAUGGCUGUAGUUCCUAUUGUUGUGUGUUUCCUGCGCAGCAACUACAUUAAACUCAGGUCUGACCCAGAAGGAGAGUUUUUGCCGAUGGCUGAAUUUUCCUACCGACGUCCACAGGAGGUGGAGGCGGCAACUGAGCCCGCCAGUAUGGGUGAGGGUGUGGUCCAGUUGUUGGAAGGGCUCAGCGACAGGCUGCUGGACAGUCUUAAGGAGGUCCUGGUAGAGAGAAACAAGCUCACCCUGGGCAAGGAGCUUGGGAAAGGAGAGUUUGGCUCAGUCUAUGAAGGGGUCUUUACACCAGAUGAAGGGUUGGACAUCAAGGUGGCUGUGAAGACCAUGAGAGUUGGAAUCCACAGCCAAGAAGACUUACAUGAGUUUUUGAGAGAGGCAGAGAUCAUGAAGAACUUUGAUCAUGAAAAUGUGGUCAGACUACUAGCGGUUACUUUACAGAGAGAGCAGGACUGUCCUCUGCCUGUUCCUCUGGUCAUCCUGCCUUACAUCAAACACGGAGACCUGCGCCGCUUCCUCAUUGCUACACGAUAUGGCGAUAUUCCUAUGGUCGUGCCCCAUCAGAGUCUCCUGCGCUUCAUGAUUGACAUUGCAGCGGGGAUGGACUAUCUGAGCUCGCAGGGCUUCCUGCACAGAGACCUGGCUGCACGCAACUGCAUGCUGGGUGAUGACCUUAGGGUGUGUGUGGCUGACUUUGGCCUGUCCAAGAAAAUCUACAGCAACAAUUAUUAUCGUCAGAGAGUAGCUAUCCGUGUGCCUAUCAAGUGGAUGGCCAUGGAGAGCCUGUCUGAGUCCGUCUACACCUCCAAAACUGAUGUGUGGUCCUUCGGGGUGACCAUGUGGGAGAUUGUGUCCCGGGGGAGGACUCCCUAUCCCGGAGUUCCCAACCACGAGCUGCUGGAGCUGCUGCUGACCGGACACAGGCUCAAACCACCCGAGGACUGUGACCAUAAAUUGUAUGAGGUCAUGCAGAGCUGCUGGGAUAAGGAGCCUACCUGUAGGCCUGGCUUCGGGGAGCUGUGUGAGACACUGAAAGGUCUUCUGUUGGAGAUGCCAGUGCUGGAGGCCAGCCAGGAGGCCAGCUACAUCAACCAUGGGCUGGAGGUUGCCGCUGCUGCUGCUGGUGCCUCUCAGGAUCCACAGACAGACUCUAAGGGGAGAUUGGAAAAUGUCUACCUGCCUACUCCUGUGGGUGCUACUGCUGCAGCAGCAGCCAGGGAUGAGGACGUGGAAGUAGAGGAUGGCUACCUUAAGUAUAUUACUGGCUCAGCAGUUAAGGGGGAUGCUAAUUACUAACAAAAAGUGGUUUUAUAAGUUUCAAAAUGCAAUUCUGUAUUAAAGUGGUGUGUGAGGGAGAGGCAGAGGUGUGUGUG